AUGGGGCUUACGAAGAAGAAGCCUCAGAUAGAGAAGGAGUUGUUGCACACUAGAGCGGAGCAGCCGCAGUUGCUCUGGAACAGAAUAAAGGGCAAAAAGCCGGGUAGAUUUCGGCUUCUCUAUAUUAGCAAGAAUUUUGAAACUUGGUUUUCAACCGAACUCUAUAAUUCUUACUACUCUUGUCAAGGGCUCUGUCUUCGGGGUAGAAUUAUUGAAGCUGUGAAGUUGGCAAACAAAAUGGAGAAUAUAGGCUAUAACCCUAAUACAAUUACUUAUGGAACAUUAAUGAACGGUUUGUGUAAAAUAGGUGAGACCAGGGUAGCUAUUGGGUUGCUUCGGAAGAUGGAAGAAGGAAAUCUUGAACUUGAUGUAGUGAAUUAUAGCAUAAUCAUUGAUAGUUUAUGUAAGAAUAGAUUAGUAACCGAGGCUUUGACUUUAUUCUUUGAAAUGACAAGUAAAGGAAUUCAGCCAAAUGUUUUCACUUACAGUUCUUUAAUUCAGGGCCUAUACAAUUUCAGCCGGUGGAAGGAGGCAACUAAACUAUUUAAUGAAAUGGUGGAAAGGAAAAUUAUGCCAAAUGUGCAUACAUUCAACAUAUUGGUGGACACAUUUGGCAAAGAGGGGAUGUUGAAAGGGACAAAAGAAGUUUUUGCUAUGAUGAUUCAGAGAGGCAUAGAGCCUGAUACAAUCACUUACAUUUCUUUGAUUGACGGUUAUUGUUUGCAAGGUGGCUUUUGUCGAGUUGGGAGACUUAAAAUUGCAUUAGAGCUACUCUAUGAGAUGCAAGGUUGUGGCCAACAUCCUGAUUGCCAAACUUAUGCGAUUUUGUUAGAUGGCUUGUGUAAGAAUCUACACUUUCAAGAGGCAACGACGUUAUUUCAUGAGAUGGAAGACAAAAAGUUAGACCUUCAUAUUGUGAGUUACAACAUCUUGAUUGAUGGUAUGUGUAAUGCUGGGAAACUAACGACCGCAAGAGAACUGUUUAAUACUCUUCCUACGAAAGGCUUGCAACCUAAUGUUCGGACUUACACUAUAAUGAUCAAAGGAUUUUGCAAAGAGGGACUACUAAAUGAAGCAAGGGAGCUAUUUGAGAAAAUGGAGGAAAAUGGUUGUUCGCCUGACCAUUUCACAUAUAACACAAUCAUUCAAGGCUUCUUGCAACAUAAUGAGAUGUCAUGGGCAGUGAAAUAUCUCCAGACGAUGGUUGAAAAUGGUUUCUCGGCAAAUGCAACCACUGCAACCAUUUUGAUCGACUUGUUGUCUACUAAUCAGGCAGAUAAAACCUUACAAGGUGUUUUUCAAAUAUCUGUGUGA